UAUCGUAUGCUGUGGACGUAACUCACGUCUUGCGAACGCGGGAGGAAUCCGAAUUUGAACACGAAAUUGAAUAUUAAAUAAUUUCGAGUGACCAUAGACUACCUAGUGAUUUUUUAAGUUAAUAUUUUUUUUACAAGUAAACGUUAAGAGAUUACGGGACUGUUGGUAUUAUUUUUUUAUUAGUGUUCAGUAAUUAGGAACUUGGAUAAAUGUUUAACUAAUAAGAUGGUGGAAAAGCAAUGAAAGCUUAGUGAUGUCAAACAAAAAUGCCUUCAGAUGUGACCUAGCAUCGUCAUGUUAUAGAAAUUGGAUAUGACGAAUUACACAUUCGAAUACACAAGCCAGGAUUUACAAUGUCACUUAACAACCGGAGAAGGGUGUGGGAACACAACAUACUCUGGACUGGAUUGUGAAAUCGACGCACAUUCAAUAUAUUACAACUGUGAACUAAAUAUUGAUAUUCAAAAUGAAACACUUUACAAUUGCAAUGCGUGUAUCAAUGAUACGAUGGGCCUUGUUAACGGUAGUGUAUGUAACUCUGGAUUCAAGUUGAACAUGUAUACGGUGGUCUUCGAGAGUGCUUUAAAGAGUCUAUGGUUACGACUGCCGUACUUCGACAUUUGUGAAUGGGACACCUUACUCUGUUAUAGUGAGAAUUUCAAUAGGACGUUGUACAUUGAUGUAACUAAUAGCAACAUUGUAAAUAACGUACUUGACAGUUUCCAAUGUGGAUGGAAUUUCCGUAAUACGUCGGACGAUCCGUUAGGAAGUAAGACGGGGUAUGAUUGGAGUUUUCUAUUUGUGAUAUUAUUUAUAGUCGCUGGGGGUGUCGGUAAUAUAUUGGUGUGUUUGGCUGUGUGUUUGGAUAAGAGAUUGCAAAAUGUGACAAACUAUUUCCUGCUGUCGUUGGCGAUAGCUGAUCUGCUCGUCAGUCUAUUUGUGAUGCCAAUGGGAGCGAUACCUGGAUUUUUAGGGUACUGGCCGCUUGGCGUGGUAUGGUGCAAUGUGUACGUGACAUGCGACGUGCUAGCCUGCUCCGCCAGCAUCAUGCAUAUGUGCUUCAUCAGCAUUGGCAGGUACUUAGGAAUACGAAAUCCGUUGAAGAGCAGGCAUCAUUCUACCAAGAGGGUGGUACUUAUCAAGAUAGCUCUCGUCUGGUUACUCAGCAUGUUUGUGUCGAGUUCUAUUACGGUUUUGGGUCUUAUAAACCGUACCAACAUCAUGCCAACCCCAGAGCUUUGUGUCAUCAACAAUCGUUUCUUCUGGAUUUUUGGAUCUCUAGUCGCAUUCUAUAUCCCCAUGCUGAUGAUGGUAGUCUCCUUUGCGUUGACGGUCCAACUUCUGAAGAGGCAGGCGAGGUUGGCUGCUACUCCUGUACCUGGCGGCAUGCAAAGACGACAAUGCGGGGGCUUUGACAACACACCGGUGCAGGGAGCUCGUCGGUCAGGCACCAGGAGUUCACCGGACUUGUCGCCAAACAACUCAGUAUCAAGACAGCUGACGUGGCGGGUAACCAGUACCAGGACUCCACGCAACAAAGUCAGUAUGAGCGUGUCACAUCCUCAACUGAGUUAUAUGAACGGCUGUGGAGGCGGCGGAGGUUCUGGGGGUUCCAGAAGAGGGCGCGAUGUCGCCACUCAAACUCCCCUGAGUAUAGCAGCGGAAACCAGGAGGGCGAGGCUGAGACCGCUCAAGCUUACUUUGGCGGCUCCGAACGCCUUAACUUUGAGAUUCCUAGCCAAUAGAAAGAAAGGAAGGUCGCUGUCAGCCAAUGCGGUGGCUAAUGAACAGAAGGCUACCAAAGUCCUUGGACUGGUCUUCUUUACAUUCGUAUUGUGUUGGGCGCCAUUUUUCCUGCUAAACAUGUUAUUUGCGUCGUGUCCUGCGUGUAUAGUACCAGAACACGUGGUCGAUAUUUGUCUUUGGCUGGGCUACGUGUCUUCCACAAUAAAUCCCAUCAUUUACACAGUCUUCAACAGGACGUUCAGAGGAGCAUUCCUGAGACUAUUGAAAUGUCAUUGUAACAGGCGCGGCCGUUGUACACGCUACCACUCCGUUGGAUCCACUCGCGGCGCGUCGCAAUUAUGCGCGAGGUCUGCUCUACCCCUUGCAAUAUCACUGCGACCGUCCGCUAUGCAAGCAGCGUCUCCUGCAGGUCAGGAGACGACCGAAACUGUGCUCAUUGAGACUCCAUUAAGUGAUUAUAACGUGAGAUAUUAAAAUGUACAAAUCAGUAUUUUAUUAUGUUAAAUUGUAUUGUGAAUUUGAGAUUUAUAGUAAUAAGGGGAAAUAAUCUAGUACAGUCAACGCCAAAAAUCAAAAGACAAGAUGUAAACGCGAAUGUGACCGUAAGGCUAGUGCUGCAUAGGUUAUUAGACCGAUCUUCCUUCGCGUUUUUUCGGUGACGGAAUGUCCUGACAUUAAAUUGCAUACAAAUCCUAUUAAAAGUAACAAUUGAUACGUAAUUUGAUAUAUUGUGCUGAAGAUCGAUUAUUAUGUCGACGUAAAACCGUAGAACGUGCACGAUCGGCGUUUGUUCGGUCGUAAGUGCAUGGAUCUUCAGUAGACGUAUGUUCGGCAACGCCAUAUUGGAUAGUUUCUUAUGUAGCGCGAACCGAAUUUUAUCAUACAAUGCAUCAUGUUCGCCGGACGGUUGCAUUGACAGCUCACGUCGAAAGUUUUUGUAGCUAUUGACUUCGGCGAUGUUUUGUCGUUGAACAUACGCGACUGACAUUACCCCUAAUUUAGCACUGGCCUAAAUCACAUUAGACGUUCUAUGGUAGAUCAUUUUUAUUUAUUUCCAUAAUACGUUUUACAAAUUAAUAUUACGUUUACUAUUCGUAUUAAAUUUUUGUAAAUUUAUUUUGCAAUUUUCCAAAGUACUUCAUAGAAAUACAUAUAGAUGCACAAACAUAUUUUUGUGGUCUGAGUAAUAUUAAAAUACGGGUAGGUACAGAAUUGUGUGUUUGUAUUAAGUUGUCAAUGUAUCAAAUAUGACUGAUAUCAGGACGAUAAAUGUUGUAUAACUCAUAAAAUAUAAAUUUUUAAAUAUAAUUUCGCUCAAAUAUUACACUGUAUAGCGUGUUUGUAUUUAUUUUAUUUAUAAUUAAAUAUAUGUGUUGAGACAAGAGUUAAGUGAAUAGUAGGUAGGUACAAAUUUUGAGAACCAUAAUAAAGUGGGUAAAUAAGUAUCUAUAUUUUUAUUUAUAAAGUUAUUAUUAUGAAUUUUUAGUCAUCAAAUAAAUGAAGUAUUAGUGGGUAGCUGUAUUACUUUACAUUAAGUGCAAUUUGGCGUGAAUUUACUGGGUACAGAGGAAUAACACCUGAGUCCUCAGGAAUGGCAACGCAUGGGGGGUAUCAUGGGCGGAACAGUAUACUCUGUUAUGUCCAUGGUACUGCUCAUGUCUAGAGGCGACGGUAACCACUUUCCAUCAGGUGGGCCGUCAGCUUGUUUGUCAUUCUAAGUUGCAUAAAAAAAAAAAAAAAUCGUUUGUGAAUGUUUAUUCUAGUAGAAUAUAUAAAAAUAAUAUUGUACAAUUUUAAUUUAGGUUCGAGUUAUAACUAUGUUAAACAUUUUAUAUAACGAUAUAAUUAAAUUAUUUUUUAUUAUUUAUAUAUUCAUUAUGGUCGUAAAAAAUUGUACCUAUUUUAAUCUAAGUCAAAAAUUUUUAAAUGUAAAUUGUAUUGUGCGAUUUAUAUUUAUUAUUAUAAUAAUAAUUUUAAAGAUUAUAUUUAAGUGUAUUACAUAACUAGAACAUUAGUAUCUUAGUGACUUCUAAGAGAAUGUAAAUAUGUUUAAGGCCAAUAUAGAAUUUUGACAACUCAAUAAGCGAUGUUCAAUUAUAAUAUUUAUUUUUGUGUACAUGUAUAAAAUAUAUGUAGAAAAUUAUUUAUUAAAUAUUAUUU